AACAGCUGACUUUUAACAAAUCGCCAUCAUUUUUAAUUUUUUAUAAUUUUGUGAAACAGAUUCUGUGAUACUUUCAUCUUAGAAGAAGUAUUCUUUUUGGUAAUAUUUUUGGUAGUUUGUUCGUUCAGCAAGGGAACUCUUAAGUCUUACUGAAAGCUCUAAUAACUGAAAGCCCUUGUAGCGAUACUCUGAACGGAAAAAUCGGGUUUUCGUCUGUUGUCGUCAAGAACCAUGGCGCACGUGCAGACUGGGUCUCAGCAGCCGAAAUCUCUAGAGGAACACAUUUUCUGGUUGGCCAAGAUGUCCGCGGACGUGUACGGGAUUCCUCUCAGUAAUAUGUAUCCGAAAGGUGCUCGGGACGUGGUAGUUGGACUAAGUGGCUUCAGUCUUGGAAACAUUCCUGCGUCUGAGCCGGACCGGUCUGAAUAUGUUAUCGGCAAAGGCAACGAGCUGUUUGCGAAGAUUUUUGAGUGCCUUCUGGAAACGGGACCUGGCGCUCAGAAAGUGAUAAAAGGAGAAUGCAUCCAAGUACUGCUCCGCGUGCUGCAAUUUUCCAACUGUCGUCCAUUCCAUGUGCGCAUCAGUCCUUCGGCCGACCGAUGGCGUUUAGUAGUCACUGCAAUGCUUUUUGAUUGCUUUGGAUUGCUCAUGGAAUUAUCCCCCGCAUCGUCCACUCGCUUCGUUAGCGAACCAGUACAUUUGGCUGUUAAGUUGUUGGAUAUAUCGGGAACUUUCCCGGAUAAGGAAAUUAAUCCGGACGUGGUUGCGGUGAUUCUCAAGUGCUACCGAUUUUUGUCCUCUUCACUGAGUGAACCACUGUUAGCGGACGUGUUCAGCCCGGCGGAUAUUCGCGAAUUAACCCAGAAUAUUGCCAAGGACGUGUCGAAAUCGCCGGUCUCUGCAAUCCAGAGCGCCGCGGUAUCUUGCUCGACGAUUCUCUUGCAGUCACAGGCCAUCGUUCUGAAAACUGACACUAAAAAUCGCUUAUUUACCGCACUCAUCUCUGUGAUUCGUGUGAAGUUGCGCUCAAAUCAGGAACGGCGCUUGUUAAGCGGAGAAAUUCAGUUCUGUUGGCGUGUUUAUGGGGCAUUGACUGCUUUUAUUUUGUCAUCAGCGGUACAUGUUGGAGUUUUAAACGUGUGCACGGACGUUUUUGAGGACGGGCUGAAAAUCAAAGAUUUCGACGUGCAGAUCAUUUGCAAACAAGGACUGCAGAUUAUUUCGUCGCUUGUGAGGCCUCGUACUCCGAAGGAGAUUAUUCAAAAUCCAGGGGCUCAGAUGGAAGCGGCAGCGGCUGUUAGUGAGUCGAUCAUGGACGCGAAACCAGUGAAACCGAAAAGACCGGCAACAGACCUCAGCAAUGCCAGCGAUCCAACCUCAAACAAAUAUACCUUCGAUGUUACGCCUAGAAACGGAUGGCAGGGAGAUGAGAAUGCUACUUCAGGCUCCGCUGAAGCAGUGGAGAUGCCGGUUGAAGCAACAAGUGCUUCGCCGCAACCUAAUGCGCAGUCAACAGUUUCCAGUAUAGUGAAGCAACCAGAAGCGGGUGGUUUACCUAUGGAAACAAGCGAAGAUCUUCCGGAAAGCACGAAGGAGCGCUUGCUAACUCUUGAUGCUGCACAGGGAAAGGAAUCUGUUGAUAAUACCGGUUCUGGCCUUCCGGAUCCAGAUAAAGACGCUCAAGAACUGAUGAUGCUUUUUCGUGAUUCGGAUCCUGAUCCAGUAUAGUCGGCAGUUGUUAAUCCAGUACCGUGCGCAUGCGCUUUUUUUGCAUUGGAUGAACUCAUGUGACAUGACUGUGAUGGUUCGUCCAUAAUUUAAACUGCAUUUGGUGCAAGGUUGCUCUGUGUACGAUAAAAAGCAGAAAGUGACGUGCGGAUGAAGACCUGAUUUGUAUUUUUAUAGUGUAUAAUUAAGAAGACUAAUAAUUUGUAUUUUUAUAGUGAUAGUUAACUGGCAGUGGCUGCUCCAGUUACAGUGCGACCCUGUCCCACAUUAACACUUAAGUACGACUUUGCUUUCUCUGAUGACAAAAAAAAAGAUCGAAAUAAACGAAGUACUUUUGAC